AAAUGUUCCUAUAAUCACAAUGAGGGAUUGCCUGGCAUGCGUGUUGCAGCCACACAAUCCGGUUGCGCCUACACUGCUGCAUUUACGGUAGCUCAAUUUGCGAUGGGAGGGAUCAGAGGGCCCCAUACCGCUUUCAUUGUCACUACAGCUCUCCUCACUCACAAGGGUAUCAGUGCCGCUCAGCAGCCUAAACCUCCAGAAGCCGCUGCCGUGUCCCCCCCCUUGUACCCUCUCCGCAGACAAAAAGCUGGAAUAACUGCCCCACCCCACCAGGUCUGAGCAGACUCUCGGCCCUCCUCCGUUUCACCCAUCAGUGAAAGCAGCUCUUCAAGUCCGGUGACCCAUCCCCUCCCCGGCGUCCCAGCAGGCAGGCAUGGCAGACGGUCGGCAGCCAGACGAGCACUGGGCCUCCAACGGCCAAGAGAACGGCGAGAAUGGCUACUCCGCCUACAGCUCUGGCUACAGGGAGAAUGGAUACCACGGUGGCGCGGCUGCACAUCCUGGAACGACAGUGGAUGACUCAGCCAAUUUGCCUCCCUCCCCUCCCCCCUCACCAUCCGCUGAGCAGAUUGGGCCCGUGGCACAAGGGAUGGAAAUCCAUCAGCCCCUCAGUGUGGCCCACCAGUCCAGGGAGAGGACCACUGAGAGAGCAUACCGCAGCCCAGAGAAGAGGUCAUCCCUCCCCAGGCCAGCCAAAUCUCUGACUCGCCACAUCCCUGCUGCUGAGCAAGAAGACAGCACCCCCACCAGGCCAACCUCGUUCCGUACCGAGUCCAGAGCGGACGGCAGGUCUGGAAGAGCCCCUAGUAUGGCAGGUACAGACUCGGCACGUUCUCGAUCAGUGCGCAGCGGCGCCUCCACCCCUGGCUCCUCCGCCGUCACGCCCGGCACGCCCCCCAGCUACUCUUGCCGCACCCCGGGCUCGCGCACCCCUGGCAGCCACACGCCCAAGUCGUUCAGCGUCCUCCAGGAGAAGAAGGUGGCGGUGAUCCGAACCCCGCCCAAGUCUCCAUCCUCCGCCCAACGGCAGCUGAAGGUUCUCAAUCAGCCCCUGCCUGACCUGAAGAAUGUAAAGUCCAAGAUUGGGUCCACCUCCAAUCUCAAACAUCAGCCGAAAGGCGGGCAGGUCAUGAUUCCAAGUGUUAAACUGGAUUUUAGCCACGUUCAAUCUAAAUGUGGCUCCCUGGACAAACUCCAGCACACAGCAGGCGGGGGAAACAUCCAAAUCCAGACCAAGAAGAUCGACUUGAGCCACGUCACUGCCAAGUGCGGCUCUAUGUCCAACAUCCACCACAAGCCAGGGGGAGGCCACGUGCGUAUUGAGAAUCAGAAGCUGGACUUUAAAGAAAAGGCCCAUGCCAAGGUCGGCUCCCUGGACAACACCGCCCACAUUCCUGGAGGGGGCAAUGUUAUGAUUGAGAGCCACAAGCUGAGCUUCCGGGAAUCAGCCAAAGCCCGAGUGGACCACGGCGCUGAGAUCGUCGUCACUCACUCCCCCGGGGUCGAGACAGGAGGCACUUCCCCUCGCCUGUCCUCCGCCGGCAGCAUCAACCUCCUGGAGUCACCACAGCUCUCCACGCUGGCCCAGGAUGUCACCGCCGCUCUGGCCAAGCAGGGCUUAUGAGCCGGCUGCCUCCGCUUCGGAUACCCCUCCGAAAAAGAAAAAAAAAAAAAAUCCACACCAUUACUCCUCUUCCCAUCGGUCUCAUUCACUGAUAAGCAUCCAGUGUUCUCCCAAGGUUCCUCACUGCAACAUGACCCCCCCCCCCCCCCCCCCACACACACACACACACACACUUGACCCCACAGGUUCUACUGUUGUAGUUGAUUGACUGUCUCGUCCAUCAACACCCCUUCCACCCUUUCCCGUGGGAUUUUAAAAAACUGAAUUCUAAGAUUAUCCGUCAUUCACCCCCUUUAAAAGGGACACGCCCAGUCAAUCUUAAUUUUGUUUUUCCAUUCAUUUUUGUUCACUCGAAAUAUGGACUUUUCUGUUUUGUUUCAGAUAGGUUGAAUACGAAGGUUUGACUGGAUGUGUUUGUCUAAGAACGCGUUGAUGGUUUUAUGAUUGUACAGUGAUAUUUUUAGCGUGAAAAGCAUCACUACAUUCCACUUGUAUGGGGAUAAACUUUAAGGUGAACUCAUGCAUAACGUCCAUUCAGAAUUUAUAUGGUACUGAAUGCAAGAUAUAGCUACUAGAUACUAGACGGUAGUCUUAAAGAUACAUCUGUGUGUGAGAGACAUAACUUACAGAAACAUGGCGUGUAACUGUACCUGCAAAAGAAUGGUUGAUGAGCAUGUCUGAUAAAAUGUGACAUUUUAAGUCAAACGACAUGAAUUUUUGUUUGUUUGUUGGUUGGAUUUUAAACUUAUGAUUUUCCUGAUAUGUGCUGAAUUGUUGGACAAAUUGUGUUCUCUUGCUAUGUUUUCUUUUUAUAUAUGUCACUGUAGUGGAAGUUGUUCCAGUUUUGUAUGUUCCCUGUGGCUGCACUGGCUUAUUAGCACUUAAAUGUUGAUAACCAUUGCAGUUAUGUUGAGUCAAGUGCUAAAAGGCUAGCUUUCCAAUAGAUUUCUCUUUUUGUUCUCUUUUCUUCAAACCAAUGGGCUGCUCUUUGUUGUUUGGUUUUACAUUAGCGCUGUGGUUUUAUUAGGCUACAUCAAUGCUGUUAUGCUGGCAUGGCAAAUGGAUUAUAAAUAAAUUAGAUCUAUUUGGAGCAAUCUUAAACUUUUCAGUGCGAGUGUAAAUGGCCAGGGUGCAUCCUAGUGUCUAAACUUCAAGGUCAGAUCCCUAAAAAGCCUCUCACGCUCCUGUGACUUUUCUCCUUUUGGCAGAGAGGGGGUCGUACAACGUAUCUGAAUGGACAAAGGGCCCGAAGUUUGUUUUAAAAAAAGAAAAAAGUGGAAAGUAAGAAGCUUUAUAUGAAAACAUUCCAUUUGAAAGAGCAGCUACUUGGCCCUUUUGUGCGAUUGAACCGGUAACUUUAGAGGAAAUGGAAGAAGAAACUGAAAAAGACCCUCAACUUGCAGCUGUUAGGAUUCAUAAAAAAAAGAGUAAAAAACAGAACAGUUCUAGCAUAUUCUCUGCUCACCAUUGUGAAAUUCCUCUGCCCCCCACCCCCCUUCUCCUCUUCUCCUCCUCCCCAAUGUCAGCUGCCCCUCCAGUGUUCUUCUGUGCUUCCUAUAUUCUUGCUCCCCUGCUCCCCAGCCCCUCUUUGCCUGUGUAAGUGUAUUUAAAAGACCAUGUAGAUGUGUGCACACUCUCCAAUGUUUGAGACGUACUGAUGACAAAUGCUCCUACAGGAUGAUGAU